GAACAGGGGAGCAGUAGCGCGCCUCUCGGCUCGAGGGCGGGGCCUCGUUGCCAGGGGCACCCCGCCGCUGGCCCAGGGCUUCCCCGUCCCUCCCCCCUCCUCCUUCUCCUCCUCCUUCGUUCGUCGUCGUCGACCUCCUCCUCCUCGCCACUGCCCCUUCCAGGGCCAUGCAGUGGCCCUCCCCCCUGUGCGCUGGCGGCCUUUGGGGCAGCCCCAAGGGCGCGCGUGCGGCACACGCCGAUCAGAUGUCGGGUGCCGCCGUCGUGGGCGAGGCCGAGGAGGGCAGGGCUGGCGCUUGGCCGCGGCCGGCGGGGCCGCAGAGCGGGCCCGCCGCCCGCCGCGGCGAGGGCGGCCUCGCGCAGGCGACGGCGCCGCUGCCCGUCGCGGCCGUCCCGGGGAGCGCCAGCGGGCCGCCGCGCACGGCCCCCGCGGAGCCCGACGCCCCCGCGGGAGCGCCGGGCGGUCUCCGAUGGCCCGACGUGCUCGGCAAGGUGCUGCUGCAGGGAGGCGGCGCGGUGGGCACCGAGGAGGCGCUGGCGGAGAAGGAGGCGGUGGCCUUGCUCUUCGCGGCGAAGUGGUGCCCCGGCUGCCGCAGCUUCGUGCCCCAGCUCGCCUCUAGCUACGACUCUGCCCUGAAGGAGAAGGGCCUCGCCAUUGUCUUUGUGUCGUCCGACCACACGGAGGAGGAGUUCGACCUCUUCUCGGGGGACAUGCCGUGGCUCGCGCUGCCAUUCCGGGAGCGCGAGCUCGCGCGCAGCCUCCACAGGCGGUUCGGCGUGGCCGGCCUCCCGAAGCUGGUUCGGUUCCACCGCUAGCAUCUCCACAGACGGUCAGCGGAGAGCCGAAGGUGCCGAUGCCGAGCACAUGCUCGUCGAACGGCGCGUCGACAGCAAAGAAGUAAUCCCAGGCCUCGUCGGACCUGGGAGGGGGCUCCUGAGCCCAGGAACUCGGGAUGAGACCUCGAAACCAGAAACAGGGAUCCCAGUCUUGGCUUGACGGGGACCUGGGGGCCAGAUGGUCGACCUCCCGUCAAAUUUUGUAGCCCGUGUUGCAGGGGCGCGUCCAUCCGCGGUGGAGUGGGGUUUCCCUGUCUUGACGGCACCUGGGGCAGAUGUCGUCGCUGAUGGCGUUCGUCACGUCUUUCACCCUGGAUGAACGCCAAGACCCCAACCGGCGAUGUCCAGAAGAGUGUUGGACAGCUCGUCCCCAUGAGGAACACCAUUGACAACCUGAAGGGUGUGCCUGAGAGAGUGGUUGUCGGCCCCGCCUUGGGGCCCUUCACCGCAACAGUGAA